UUGAGUGCUAAUCAGUCUUGUUUUACGAAGUUCGAAAAAAGCGGAGUCUCUAAAAUGCCGUCCGAAAUCCGGCGGAAAUGUUUCGUUUUCCUGCGAGAAAACCUUCUUACUCUACUCACCAUUAUCGGCGUGGUUGCCGGCACGAUAUUAGGAUGGGGGCUGAGAGCGUCUGGCCAUGAGUGGACGAAGAGAGAGGUUAUGUACUUCCAAUAUCCAGGAGAACUAUUCUUAAGGAUGCUUAAGUGUCUUAUAGUUCCACUUCUGGUAUCUUCUAUAGUGUCAGCUAUCGGGUCGUUGGAUCUUAGUCUGUCUGGAAAAGUCGGUCUCCGUGCAAUCAUUUAUUAUAUGACAACGACAGUGUGCGCUGUGAUGCUGGGAAUUGCUCUUGUUACCACCAUUAAGCCAGGGAAUGACCCUGAAGCGUACAGCCAGCCAAAUGUCACUAAAGUAAUCAAAAGGGAUACGCUGACGCCAGAUACUCUGUUGGAUUUAAUAAGGAAUGUGUUUCCAGAGAACAUUGCCCAGGCUACAAUCGCAUCUUACCGAACUAGAUUAGUUUACGACAUGAACGAUACCAACAUGAUUAAAGGUCAGUUAGAGACUUACAAGAUCGACGGAGAUUACCAGAAUGGCAGUAAUGUGCUGGGAUUGGUGUGCUUUAGCAUAGUUCUAGGCAUCACACUUGGAAAAAUGGGUGAUAAGAGUCGCCCGCUUCAAGAUUUCUUUCACACUUUUUCAGAAGCUAUGAUGAUUAUUACUGGAUGGGUGAUAUGGUUAUCUCCACUUGGUGUGUUCUUCUUAGUGACAGCUAAGAUUAUGGAAAUAGAUUCGUUUGCUGACUUAGUGGGUCGGUUGGGUCUAUACUUUAUGACUGUACUCCUCGGUCUUUUCAUACAUGGAUUCGGAACGCUCAGCAUUCUUUUCAUAUUAGCCACAAAGAAAUUACCCUGCCGUUACAUCGCUAAGAUGGGUCAAGUCAUGGCCACAGCUUUUGGGACUGCUUCCAGUUCAGCAACAAUGCCAAUAACAAUCGGAUGUUGUGAUGACAUGGGCUUAGACCCUCGCAUCACUCGUUUUGUUAUACCCAUCGGUGCGACGAUCAACAUGGACGGCACAGCACUUUACGAAGCCGUAGCGGCCAUUUUUAUUGCUCAGUUGAGGAAGGUUGAAAUGUCAUUUGGAAAGAUUAUUGCAGUGAGUGUGACAGCGACGGCGGCUAGCAUAGGCGCGGCUGGCAUUCCACAAGCAGGCUUGGUUACCAUGGUUAUGGUGCUCGACACCGUCAACCUGCCCGCUGAGGACGUCUCCAUCAUCCUUGCGGUUGACUGGCUGCUAGAUCGAUUCCGCACGACGAUCAAUGUCGUCUGCGAUGCAUUGGGAGCCAUUAUAGUAACCUCAUUAUCGCAAGGCGAUAUUGAGAAAGCACGCGUUGCUCAUGAAAAUGAUAAAGAACUAGCUCCCGCGCAUGAACUCACUGAACUUGAAAAGGGCGAACAUUGA